CUCGCAGAGCCCGGAUGUAAGAUUACUUCUGAUUGGUCUCAGGGAAGCGCCUGGAUGAAAGGCGAGCACUGAUUAGUUCCAACUCUCCCGCAACCCGGAAGAGAAGCGCGGCGGCGCGGGUGUCAUGGAGGAACCGGGCUGUGGGGCGCAGUUCCGCGCUGCCGUUCAGGUUAUCCAAGGGCUGCCUCGAAGCGGUUCCUAUCGGCCUUCGUACGAGGAGAUGCUUCGCUUCUACAGCUUCUACAAACAGGCCACGGCUGGGCGAUGCCAGGGACCCCGGCCCGGCUUCUGGGACCCCAUCGGGCGGUACAAGUGGGAUGCCUGGCACAGCCUGGGGAGGAUGUCCAAGGAGGAGGCGAUGGCCGCGUACGUGGCCGAGAUGAAGAAGGUGGCCCAAAAGAUCAUCGACACGGUGCCCAUGGACGAGACGACAGAGGAGAUGUUUGCAUACUUUGAGCCACUCUACGAGGUGAUCCAUGACAUGCCCCGGCCCCCCGAGUCCUUCUUCAAGAGGAAACAGGGCAGCCGGGAGCAGCUGGGAGACCCCAGCCAGGAUGAGCCAGUGAGCAGCCCAGCUCUGGAGUGCCCCGAAGACCCCGUGCCCCAGGAGCAGCGCAGCAGCCAGCACGUGCCAGGAGGUGGGCUGGCUCCCACCACCGAGGCGCUUGAGGGUAGCCAGGUGACCAGUGACUCCGAGGGGGACGUGUACUGCGAUACCCUGGAGCGGCUGGAGCCGGAGCAGGCUGGGCAGCCGCUGGGGCUCUCCCCGAGCGGUGGGCAGGCUGAGCCGGAGCCCCCGAGGCCCCACGAUACUGGGCAGGGGGAAUGGGGUGAAGGCAGAAGACUAGAGGGGAGGAGCAGCGCUGGCCUCGCAGCCCUCGGCUCUGAGAGAGGGAGGAUGGGUCCCUGGCUGCUUGUUCCCAGUUCCUGGCGCCUUUGGAUGCGGGUGGUGCCUGGGGUGAGCUCUCUCAUCCUGGAGGCACCAGGACACCUCGUUCUGCAGCACCGCUCCCCACACCAUUGCUGCCAGCACCUUGGAAUAAUCAGCCCCUGUGCCGUGCCGAUGCACUGAGGGGACCGGGAGCCUCUCCUAGACAUAUCCUGGGUGUUUUCUGCUCCAGGAGGGCAUUGGGAGACUCUCCUAGAUGUAUCCUAGCUGUUUUCUGCUCCAGGAGGGCAUUGGGAGCCUCUCCUAGAUGUAUCCUAGCUGUUUUCUGCUCCAGGUUGGCAUCAGGAGACUCUCCUAGACACAUCCUGGGUGUUUUCUGCUGCUGGGAGCCUCUCCUAAAACAUAUCCUGGCUGUUUUCUGCUCCAGAUUGGCAGCAGGAGACUCUCCUAGAUGCAUCCUGGGUGUUUUCUGCUCCAGGAGGGCAUUGCCACCCUCGCUGUGGGCUGGCAGAGGUGCUGCUGCCACCUCACCUGGUCACCCCUCUCGCCUUCCCAACUGCUCAACCUUGGGAUCUAACUGGGACCGAGCGGGGCUGGAUUGUCCCAGGGUGCCAGUGUGGGGGCUGGCAGCACGUCCUUGCUCGCCCCACGGAUUAUCCAGGGCCUUGUCGGAGCCCGAGGGGCUGGCAGGGAGGCAGUGGCACCCUGGUGAAGCGAGGUGUCCAUGUUGGCGGGGCGGAGGUCACCUGCUGUGCUUGGGGCCGUGAGGGGUGCUCAGCCUGACCUGAGGAGAGUGAGGGGCGCUCAGCCUGUUCUGGGGUCCCUGAGGAGUGUGAGGGGUGCUCAGCCUGUUCUGGGGUACCUGAGGAGAGUGAGGGGUACUCAGCCUGUUCUGGGGUCCCUGAGGAGAGUGAGGGGUACUCAGCCUGUUCUGGGGUCCCUGAGGAGUGUGAAGGGCGCUCAGCCUGUUCUGGGGUCCCUGGGGAGUGUGAGGGGUGCUCAGCCUGUUCUGGGGUCCCUGAGGAGUGUGAGGGGUGCUCAGCCUGUUCUGGGGUCCCUGGGGAGUGUGAGGGGCACUCAGCCUGUUCUGGGGUCCCUGGGCAGAGUAGGGGGUGCUCAGCCUGUUCUGGGGGUUCCUGGGGAGAGCGGGGCGGGGGCCCAGCCUGACCUGGGGGUCCUCAGGGGGCAUGAGGGGCACACCCCCUGUCCUGGGGUCCCUGUGAGCAUGAGGGGUGCUCAGCCUGACCUGUGGAUCCUUGGGGAGAUUGGGGGGCACUCAGCCUGCCCUGGGGGUUCCUGGGGAGAGUUGGGGACGCCCAGACCCCAGAAGUAGGGGUCCCCAGGGGGUGUGAGGGGCACUCACCCUGCCCUGACCCCCAUGGCUCCUGUGAGCAUGAGGGGUGCUCAGCUUGCCCUGGGGAGACUGGGGUCCCUGCGGAGAGUGGGGGGCACUCUGCCUGCCCUGGGGGUCCUUGGGGAGCAUCAGGGGUGCUCAGCCUGCCCUGGGGGUCCCUGGGGAGCAUCAGGGGUGCUCAUCCUGCCCUGAGGAGAGUGGGGGGCGCUCAGCCUGCCCCAGGACAGCCACCUGCCCUGUGUGCCCCCCCUGAGCAGCCCCCAUCUGUGCACC